AUGGCUCAGGAGCCCGCCGCAAAGCCCAAGGCUCUGCUGCCAUCCCUGGUCAAAGCCAAAAAGAAGUCGUUGGAACAAGCUGAAGAGACAGGAGUUCAGCAGAGCGGCGGCCUCGCUUCUGAUGACCGCAUUCCGCUCAAACAGAUAUUCGUCAAUUUAGCGUUGGUGUCAGAAAAGGAAUUGAAAAGAGACUUUGAUGAAGCGUUCUCGACGUAUGCUGAGAGACGUGAACACGCAGUUCAAUUUAGCAAAGCCAAUCGAAUUGAAUUGAAGAACCUGUUUCGUGACGCAGGUUCGAGUGUUGACGACGUUUCCCAUUCAAAAGGAAAAUCUGCACCAGCAGCUACAGCGACCGAGCGACCGAAUCUCUGUGGCAAGGUGUUACGGAAUGUACUGGCGUACGGAUCUGCUGGUAGUGGCAAGACCACAGUGUUUCUGCUCAUGGUUCUAUACCUGUGGAGCAGAGGCGAACUAUGGCAGGAGGAAUUUGAUCUGGUCGUAGGACUGGAGCUCCGUGAAAAAGAGGUGAGAGCUGCCACUAGUCUUGCUGAGCUGUUGGCUGUGAAACUGGACGCCCAGGGCCUGUCGCAGGCUGAGAUAUUGGAGCUUGCAAGCUACUUCGGCGACUCUCCAAGCCGUCUAUGUCUUGUCAUGGACGGCUUGGAUGAAUGUGAAUUCGCCAGCUGCAGUAAGUUCAUGAGACAUUUGCUGAAACGUGAGGGAAUGGUGAAGACACACGUGAUCGUCACAAGCCGUCCAUGCCCGGAUGCAUAUCAACUAUCGCAGUGUGGCCACUACCAGCAGAAGAUUCAAGUACUGGGUUUCUCACCGGAGAACGUGAGAGAGUAUGCAGAGAAGGUUCUCGGUACGCAGCGCGCUGAAAUUCUGCUGGCAGAGCUGCAGAGCAAGCCGGAUGUGUCAAGUCUCAUGGUAACUCCAAUGUUUGCGGCCCUAACAUGUGAGCUUUUCAAGAGCAGCAAAGGCGUGUGGAAGUGCAGCGCAUCCCUGUACGAAUCAUUACUGCGCCGAGUCGUAGAGCGUGCUGGUGGUGCGGUUUGUGAGUCGAUUUCACAGGCACCCAGCAAAGUGGUCCAGUCACUAAGGGAACUGGGAUGUUUUGCGUUUCGCAUGCUGCUGCUGAAAAGGAUGGUGUUCAACACGUCCGACACCAUCAAUUCCCACUUGAGCAAGGAAGCAAUCAGCUUGGGUCUUCUGCAAACGUGCCAGGGCACAAUGUCAACGGGCGCUCGGCAAUACCGCUUCUGUCAUCUGUCACUGCAGGAGUUCCUGGCCGGAUGGUUCAUGGCAGAGUGCAUGGUGCAAGAACGACAUCACGCCAUUGCACUGGUACGGCGACUAGGCGCAUACGAUGGCCAUAUGACAAUGUUCUGGAAGUUUCUCAUUGCUCUAUGCCCGGGAGACGUGUCGCUGACCGUCAUAGAGGAGCUUUGGCGUGUGCAGUGUGCGGAUCCCAUACCACUGGAUCCUAGCAAUGAGGCCGACCGUUCCAGAGGUGCCAAUGCCGCCAAAUAUGCUGCUAUUGCCACUAGACGUGUUGCCACCGCCGCUAAGCUCGCCGAGGAGAUGCGCAGCCACUCAAGUGUCCUGACCGGUGAGAUGGAGAUGGCAAAGGUCCACGACCGUCUUUGCGAGGUACUGAAGGCUGAGCACAUGAAAGUCCUCGCUGACAUUCUCCUUAUUCCUCGGCAUGACCGUGGCAAGGGCCAUGGUGAGCAUAGAGUGCACCGUUCCAUGCCCAUCUGCCGAGAGCCCACAGACGCGCUAUUCCUGAAGACUCUCCUGACGGUGUGGAUGGAGAGCGGCAGUGUUGCAAAUGGCACUGUGCUGUUGGAAGCGCUAUCCCAGGUGGAUGCUGAGCUGGCGAGGGUGUGCGAGAGUCUCCUUCAUCCCGCUGCUGUGCUGCUCAGUCAUGACUCCCUGCAAGCUACUUCUUCUCGCAUUGUAAGUCUAGCUAAUGCUGUCCCUGCUGAUGUUAAUUCUCCUACAAGUAGGGUGUUUGUUCAUCUUGUGGUGGCAUAUCAUGAGCAUGCAGAGUAUCACGAAGCGUCCUGCGAAAGGACAUACCAAUUCUUUCGUGCUAUGCUUGCAUCAAAGCUCAAGCUCCUCUAUGUUUCUCUUUCUUCUCAUGAAUGUGUUGCUCUCAGUUCUUUACUGUGUGGCUGUGCACGUGAUUUGGAGGAAGUCGACCUCCACGAUUGUAGCAUUGGCAAUGAUUCAUUUCACAGCUUAUCAGCAGGCUUACGGAGGUGUAGCCGUGUACGUGUACUAGAUCUUUCCUGGAAUGCUAUUCGUGAUGGUCAGGCAUUGUCCUCCCUAAUUUCAGCCAUGUCUGCUAGUCUUGUGGAAGUGGUUGUCAGUCGUAACCGUGUUGGUGUGAGUGGUUUUGUGGCGGUGUGCCGUGCACUUAGUCAGUGUAAGAAUGUGCACACUGUCAAUGCCAGCCACCUGUAUAGCGAUGGUGCUGCACCGUUGUCUGUACUCUGUGAUAUGUUGGCGCACUGCACACAGCUGGAAGUGUUGUGGUUGUAUGGGAAUGUGCUUGUGGGCAGUGAGGAUGAUGAUUCGAGAGUCAUUGAAGCAGUGGAGGCGUGUACAUCGUUACGUGAACUGCGGGUGUACGACUGCGGCUUGAGUGAGAAUGUUUGUUCUCAACUUGUCACUGUGUUCACAGAGAGGGAGUGUUGGGAUGAUUUGAAUGGUGUGUGA